UUCUCCUUUUUGGUUUUAAGCACAGUCUGUACUUGGAGGCUACAGAGAUGUCUACUUCCAUGGGAGGCCCAGCCCUGCUGGGGAUAGCUUUGCUGCUCUUUCCUCCAGAUGGCAUGUCAGCAGCCACCUGGAAAUCUGUGAUAUCCUUGAAUCCACCAUGGAAGAGAAUAUUUAGAGGAGACAAUGUGACUUUUACAUGUAAUGCGGGUAAUAAUUCCCUUGAAGCUAACUCCACUAAGUGGACCCACAACAACAACCUGUUAGCAGUGAGAACUUCAAGUCUGGACAUUGUAAAUGCCAAAGCUCAGGACAGCGGGGAAUACAGAUGUCAGUGCAAAAACCAUAUCCCAAGUCAACGUGUGUAUCUAGAAGUCUUCAGCGAUUGGCUGCUCCUUCAGUCCUCUGCUGAGACGGUACAGGAGGGUGAGGCCUUCCUCAUCAGGUGCCGUGGUUGGAGGAAUGGAAACAUCUUCAAGGUGAUUUACUACAAGGAUGACAUAGCACUGAAGUACUGGUAUGAGAACUACAACAUGACCAUAUCCAGUGCUACAACAAACAAUACUGGUACCUAUUACUGCAGUGGCAUACUUCACCAGAAAAACUAUACCUCUGCUUCCCUCAAGAUUACUGUGAAAAAAGAUUCCACCACAAUUUACCAAAGCAACUGGCUACAAUUUAUUCCAUUUUUGGUAGCAAUUCUGUUUGCUGUGGACACAUGGUUGUUUAUUUCAACCCAGAAGCAAUUUAUAUUUAUCUUGAAGAUUAAGAGGACCAUAGAAGGAAACAAACUUAAGGACCCACAUCCUAAGCCAAAACCCACAAAGGACUGAUGUCAUGGCUCAAGAAACAUUGGCAACGGCGAUUUUUUUCAGGCAUCAGCAAUUGCUUCUCAAUUGUCAAGCACAACCAUCAAUGUACAUAGAAAGAUCAGUGUUCAUCUGAACUGUUCACUAAACCAACUGAAACUGGUUAAAUGGCAUGUAAUAGUAAAUACUCAGUAAUUGUCGGUUAAAUAAGUAAAUCCAUGUAUACAUUCAUUUGUACAUCUAUUUAUUUAUACAUCUGUGAAAGAAAGGUACAAUUUAAAUAAGAGAACUAUGAAACUAUAUGAUGCUUCCAAGUACUUGAGACUCACCAGUUUUUUGUUGUUUUUUUUUUUUGCUUCUAGAGGCAAAAGCCAUCAAGUUUUAGAUUAAACAUGUUGUCUCUUGACCAUAGUGAGUAUAAGCUAGGAAUGAGAAGACAUGGUAGAAUGCUAGUGAGGCCUGUCAUUUUAAUGUUCUCUCUUCAACUAACUACCCAUGAGCUUCUAGGUCUUGGCAGAAUCUGGGGCAGUCCUGAGCCAUAGAACUUUGGGGAUGAGGCUCAGUCUAAGACUCCUUUGUGAUUGUUUCGCCCCUCUAAUAUCUCCCAAACUUUAUCUUGAAUACCCUCUUACAGCACCUGAACUAAGUAUCUUGGAGAAAUUCUUGUGAAUAAUCAUAAUCAAAACUCUUUGCUCUGAAAGCAAUC